CGCGUGCCCAGGGCGGACGCACGUGACCCGCGGUUGCCGCCACGUGACCGGCGCUGACCCCACGUGUCCCUGGCUGGGCCCGGCCAUGGCGGGCGCGGUGGCGGCCGCGGGUUCCGUGGAGCAGUUCCAGAAGCUGCUGCAGCGCCCGGACCGGUCCCUGGUGGUGGUGCACUUCUGGGCGCCAUGGGCUCCGCAGUGCGCGCAGAUGAACGAGGUGAUGGCGGCGCUGGCACGGGAGCACAGCCAGGUCACCUUCGUGCAGCUGGAAGCUGAGGCUGUGCCUGAAGUGUCUGAAAAAUAUGGAAUUAGUUCUGUUCCAACGUUCUUGUUCUUUAAGAACUCCCAGAACGUGGACCGCCUGGACGGCGCGCACGCCCCGGAGCUGACGCAGAAGGUGCAGCGGCACGCGGCGGGCACGGCGGGCACGGCCGGCCCCGGGGGCGCUGCCCCUGCCCAGGAGCAGCUGCACGCCCGCCUCAGGGGGCUCAUCAACGCCGCCCCCUGCAUGCUCUUCAUGAAGGGCUCUCCCAAGGAGCCCCGCUGCGGCUUCAGCAGGCAGAUGGUGGAGAUCCUGCAGAAGCACGGCGUGGCCUUCAGCAGCUUUGACAUCUUCUGUGACGAGGAGGUGCGCCAGGGCCUCAAGGCCUUCUCCAACUGGCCCACCUACCCCCAGCUGUACGUCAGGGGGGAGCUCAUCGGGGGCCUGGACAUCGUCAGGGAGCUCGAGGCAUCAGGAGAGCUGGACACAAUCUGCCCCAAGGGCCAGAAGCUGGAGGACAGGCUCAAAUCCUUGAUAAACAAAGCUCCUGUGAUGCUCUUCAUGAAGGGAAACAAACAGAUGGCAAAAUGUGGCUUCAGCAAGCAAAUCCUAGAAAUCAUGAAUAACACUGGCGUGGACUACGAGACCUUUGACAUCCUGGAGGACGAGGAGGUGCGCCAGGGGCUGAAAUCCUUCUCCAACUGGCCCACGUACCCCCAGCUCUACGUCAAGGGGGAGCUGGUGGGGGGGCUGGACAUUGUCAAGGAGCUGAAGGAAAGUGGGGAGCUGCUGCCUGUGCUGAAGGGGGAGAAUUGAUGGGGAGGACAUCAGUGGGAAGAGAAAUCCCUGGAACAGCCUGGAACACUCAGAGAUUCUCCUGGAGCCACAGCCAACUGCACCCUGAGCAGCAUCAGCAGGGGGAGCAGACAGGAAAUAAACCCAGAUAUUCUCUCUGUGCAAAGGAGUUUCACUAGGGACACAAAAAGGUCAAUUAAAAUUCAGUGCUCCAGGA